GCUUGUAAAACACCCUGGAGAGAAAAUGGCGGCGGCGACGGCGGCGGCGUCUUCAGCGCCUCAGCAGCUCUCGGAUGAGGAGCUUUUCUCUCUGCUCCGCCGUUACGGCUUGUCUCCGGGCCCGGUGACGGAGAGCACCCGGCCGGUCUACCUCAAGAAGCUGAAGAAGCUUCGAGAGGAAGAGCAGCAGCAGCACCGGUCUGGGGGUCGCGGCACCAAGACUCGGAACAGUAAUAACAAUAACACGGCAGCCUCCACGGUCGCAGCCGCGGUACCGGCGGCGGCGGCGGGCAUGGGCGUCCGGCCGGGCUCGGGAGACCUCGUCUACUUGCGGACUCCUGCGGGCCUGGGGCGCCUGGCUGCCUCGGUUCCGGAGAGCCCGGUGGGAGGGCCCGGGGGCCCGGCGGCCGCCCCCGCGGCGGGCAGCAAAGUGCUGCUGGGCUUCAGCUCCGACGAGUCGGACGCCGAGGCCAGUCCCCGGGAGCAGGCCGGCGGCGCGCGCCGAGACCGGGCUGCGCUCCAGUACCGCGGGCUCAAAGCGCCGCCGGCGUCCCUGGCCGCCAGCGAGGUGACUAACAGCCACCCGGCCGAGCGGAGGAAGCCGCACUCGUGGUGGGGGGCCCGGAGGCCGGCGGGCGGCGAACCGCACUGCGCGUCGGGCCCGGACGGGGCGGCGGAGGACGAGGACAACGAAGGGGAGGACGCGGAGGACCGCGAGCCCGACGCCGAGGAGCCGCCGUGGGCCAGCCGAGCGGUGAACGGCAGCCGGCUUCUCCCCUACAGCUGCCGGGAGAACUACUCGGACUCGGAAGAAGACGACGACGACGAUGACAUGGCCCCGGCCAGGCAGGUAUCGAAGGACGACUCCCUGUCCAGACAUCGACCCCGACGGAGCCACGGCAAGGCGUUCUCCGCGCCCCCCGCGAAGUCUGCAGGCAGCGGGCCGGAGACUUCGGUUCAGGGAGGGGGAGGACUCGCGAUGAAUGACAGGGCGGCGGCCGCCGGGAGUCUAGACUGGAGCCGCGACGUCGAAGAGGCGGCGGCCGAGCCGGGAGGAGGGUGCGAUGCCCUGGACUCCAGCCCGGUUCCUCGAUUCCGAGCUGGCGCUAGGAAGCUGGCCCCGCUCCUGGCCUCGCCGGUGCCCGAUGUGGACUCCGCGUUGGAUUCGUCCCCAGGCUCCCUUCUUAAAACCAAUAAUCACAUCGGUGGUGGGGCCUUCGGCCUGGACUCCGCCAGGAUCUAUUCCAACAGCCUCGCUCCCAGUGCGGCCGCCCAGAGUUCACUCAGGAUCAAUCACGCCAAUCACACGGGCUCCAAUCACACCUACCUGAAAAACGCGUACAGCAAGCCGAAGCUCUCGGAACCCGAAGAGGAACUUCUCCUGCAGUUCAAACGCGAAGAGGUGUCCCCGACGGGGGGUUUCAGUGCGCACUACCUGUCGAUGUUUCUCCUGACUGCUGCCUGCUUAUUUUUCCUAAUUUUGGGACUGACGUACCUCGGAAUGAGAGGGACGGGAGUACCCGAGGACGGAGGGCUCAUAAAAAAUCCCUUUGAUGAAACAUUUGGAAAAAUACAAGAAAGUGAAAAAAAUCUUAUGAUGAGCACAUUAUACAGGCUUCAUGAUCGAUUGGCACAGCUUGCAGGAGAUCAUGAAUGUGGCAGUUCUAGUCAAAGGACGCUUUCUGUCCAAGAAGCAGCUGCAUAUUUAAAAGAUUUAGGUCCUGAGUAUGAAGAUAUAUUUAACACUUCGUUGCUGUGGAUUUUAAAAAAUGGGAAAGAUGUUGGAAUAAGGUGUGUCGGUUAUGGGCCUGAGGAAGAACUGACAAAUAUAACCGAUGUACAGUUUUUACAGUCCACAAGACCUCAGAUGUCUUUCUGGUGUCGUUUUCGUCGUGCUUUCAUUACUGUAACACAUAGGUUAUUGUUGUUAUGCUUAGGUGUAGUGAUGGUUUGUGUUGUUCUGCGUUAUAUGAAAUACCGCUGGACUAAAGAAGAGGAGGAAACGAGGCAGAUGUACGAUAUGGUGGUAAAGAUUAUAGAUGUUUUACGAAGUCAUAAUGAAGCUUGCCAGGAAAAUAAAGAUUUGCAACCUUACAUGCCUAUUCCACAUGUGCGAGACUCUUUAGUACAGCCUCAUGACAGGAAAAAAAUGAAGAAAGUCUGGGAUAGAGCUGUUGACUUCCUUGCUGCUAAUGAAUCUAGAGUGCGCACAGAAACUCGAAGAAUAGGUGGUACAGAUUUUCUAGUCUGGCGGUGGAUCCAGCCUUCUGCAUCCUGUGAUAAGAUAUUAGUAAUACCUUCUAAAGUAUGGCAAGGUCAAGCAUUUCAUUUAGAUAGAAGAAAUUCACCGCCAAAUAGUUUGACACCGUGUUUAAAGAUUCGAAAUAUGUUUGAUCCAGUUAUGGAAAUUGGGGAUCAAUGGCAUUUAGCUAUUCAAGAAGCAAUUUUAGAAAAAUGCAGUGAUAACGAUGGCAUUGUUCAUAUUGCAGUGGACAAAAACUCACGUGAGGGUUGUGUAUAUGUUAAAUGUCUAUCUCCAGAGUAUGCUGGAAAGGCUUUUAAAGCAUUGCAUGGCUCUUGGUUUGAUGGGAAAUUGGUUACGGUAAAAUAUUUACGACUAGAUAGAUACCACCAUCGUUUUCCCCAAGCUCUUACUUGCAACACUCCCUUGAAGCCAUCAAAUAAACAUAUGAAUUCUAUGUCUCAUCUUCGCCUUCGGACUGGCCUAGCCAAUUCUCAAGGAAGUUCCUGAAAAGACUUUGUUCUCCUAGGACUGUUAUUUGAAUAGGAAAAUUCCUGUUUGGCUUCCCAUCUUCCUUUUUAAAUGCUUUUUGUAUGUGAUAUUUUUAUUGCUGAAGAUAGCUCUGUUUGAAAGUUCCAGAAAUCUUAAGGUUCCAAGGAAUUUAGCAGUAAGGCAGCAAUGCUGAAUAGGUAGAAUUGUUCAUUCAGUUUCCGGAGCUCAGUUAAGCAUUUAAAGUUCAGCAUGAGGAACACUGACUUUAUUAAGCAUUUUCAGAUACGGUGGUUAUAUUUUUGCACCACGAAGUGUUUAGAUAACCACACAAAAGCAUGGUGAAAGACUUCUUGUAUUUCCAUAAUUUCUUGUGAACUAAUGUGAAUUUUUGUAUACAGUCACCUGCCAUAGUUCCAGGCUAAUAGGCUGAUGUGGUAAAACGGUUAAUUUCCCAAUUUAACCUUAGGUUUCUGUUGCCUGUGAGAGGUUCAUUUGCUACAUCUGGAAUAUGGGGAAAUUUACUUGAUUUUAAUGGUUACAUAUAUGUGUAAGUGGAUGUACAUGUACUUAAACUGGCUUUUGUAUAUAUGUAUAAAUGCUGAUGAUAGUGAAAGUCUUGUUUUGUGAGAAUGUCUGCAUAAGCAGUAAAAUAAGCUUUCUAUUUUAUUCAUAAUCUAAUUUCUGUAUAUACCUGUAUUAUGUGUAUAUCUGUGUAUAUAUGUAUUUGUGUACAUUUUAUGUAUGUACACAUAUACAUACACACACAUAUAUAUACCUAUGGCUGUACUAUUAUAGAUGAUCAAACAGCCAAAUACCUGGAAGUAUUAACUACAAGUUUAAAAUACCUUUUAUAGAUUUUUAUAAAAAUGCCUGAGUAUGAUUUUGUGUGAAAAUUCUGGCACCAGUUCUAAUGUUCAAAUUUAUGUGAGCAAUAAAGAAGCAAUUGGCAGAUAGUGGAAGAAUAUUUCGUGAAAAGCUGUAUUUAUUAUAAAUACUGGGACUGUGACAUAGUACUAUUGGGAUUAAGUCAUUUUCCCAGUCUAUUUAUAAUUUAAUGAUAUGUUAGCCUCUGUUGUAUGUCAAGUUUAAAGCAGGGCACGUUGUUGCAACAACUUGUAUUGGACAAAUUAUACUUGGAAUGUUGGGUCAUGAAAGAUUUGCAAUAUAGUAAAUGCUAACUGACUAUUGGUUUGUGCCUCAGUAUUUGUUUCAGUAAAAUUACUUUAUUACUGUUUAUUAUUUCAGAUCAAAAUGAUUGCUGAGCAAGGUUUACUUGUAACCUAAAAAUUGGGUUUUUGAAAACUAACCUGCAGGAUAAAUCAUUGGCAGUCCAAAUGAGCAUGGGAAACAGCUGGGAUUAACCAGUUUUGAGUUUUAAGUUCAGUUUCCUUUUUGUUGUAUAUGUAUUAGGUUUGCAGCAUGAACUUGCACAGAUAAUGCACGUUUUCUGGUUAAGUAAACAUGAUGCACACUAUUCUGUAACAGAAAACCCUAUUGUGCCUUACCUGUGUGCUUUUGUGGGCACCAUGUUUAUGAAGAAUAAAAAAUUAUUUGUUAUCAGAAGAAAUUAAAUUUUAAAUUCUCAGUUUAUGUCUCAGAUGCUAACGUGUGAAAAUAUAAAUAUAUAAUAUAUAAAGUAACCAAUCUUUCUGUAUUUUAUGUGCAUCAUAGUGAUUUAUCUGAGCUUAGUGACCCCAUCUUGUAACCUGUUGCAAGAGUGAAUGUAAAAAAUAGCUGUGACAUUUUAACAGGUCGCCUUUUGAUGCAGAUGCAUCUUUUUCUUGCUUCUAAGACAUAUUUCAUGUAAACAUUGUACAUUUAUUAUUGUAAUAUAUACUAUUAUGCAGCUUAUUUUACCUGUAACUAUUAAGCCGACCAAGAUUCUUCCCUCCAAGACAGAUGGGAAUGUGUAUAAUAAUUAGAUAUUUGAGAAGUUCUGAAGUUUGUUGUAAUCUGUUACUUGUUCUGUUUAAAAAAGAAGGAAAACAUUCUAAUUAAAAAUUUAUUAGGUUUUUAAAAAAUGCA